CGGACUUUGUGGACGGUCCCUAACUGUUCCCGUGAGACGUUCAAGGAGCCGCUUCCACUCUCACUGACUCAAGUCUCUGCUGCGGAGCGAAAAGUUGCUGAAGAUGUGUAGAAGCUGAGAAACUGUGAGAACCGAGACUCCGGUUCUGUCCAGCGGUGUGCAGCUGUACGGUCCAGUCGGUGAGCAGGCAUGAGGAGCAGCGGAGCGAGCAGCGGUCCAAACAGCACUUCAGAAAUGAUUAACCUGGAAGCAAAGAAGGAUUUUCACCUUUCACUUUGAAGCCCCAAUAGACUUAGGCUGUAUUUCUUCACUGCUUUUCUGAGUUCAUUCAUUGGAGAUCUUCACACCAUGAGCACACUCCAGCAGCUGGGGACCAUGUCUUUUUUAAUGAAAAAGAAGAAGUUCAAAUUUCAAGUGCAUUUCACAUUGGAGGAGCUGACAGCAGUGCCUUUUGUCAACGGAGUGCUUUUCUGCAAGAUCCGGCUCAUUGAUGGCGGGGACUUUGCCAUCUCAUCAUCCAGGGAGGAGGUGCAGCAGAACUGUGUUCGCUGGAGGAAGAAGUUCUCUUUCGUGUGUAAAAUGUGUGCUAAUCCGAUAACUGGAGUGUUGGACCCCUGCAUCUGCAGAGUCUCUGUACGCAAGGAGCUCAAAGGAGGAAAGGCCUUCUCAAAGCUCGGAUUUGCUGAUCUCAACAUUUCAGAGUUUGCUGGUUCAGGCUCCGCAGUCCGCUGUUGCAUCCUGGAGGGUUAUGACACUAAAAACACUCGGCAGGACAACUCUAUCCUCAAGGUGAUAAUUGGGAUGACUCUUCUGUCUGGGGAUCCCUGCUUUAAAACGCCUGCAAGUACAGCCAAAUCUGUGUCCAUCGGUGACGAGGACCCCACCCUGCAGCUGGACUGUAAGGGGGAGAGCACUGAUGCCACAACGCAGCCACUGGGAGGCAUCGUGGAGAGAUCUUGCGCCUUCAAACCCCGACAGUCAUCAGUACACAGCUCAGGGCUGCCAGAGGAGGAGAGUGUGUCCAGCCCAGAUGAGGUCUUUCACACCGGUCAUGUCCGCAGCUCCAGCUACGCCAGCCAGCACAGCAAAAUAUCAGGAUACAGCACAAGUCACUCUCGCUGCUCCAGCCUGACUGACCUCAGUCACCAUAGGAACGCCUCCUCCAGCAGCAGCGCCUCCUGUGGGUUAGCCCACCCUUCACUGCCACCUCCCUCCACCUCCACUGCACCACAUCAACCAGCAACUCCCACCAAACCAGAGAGACCACCUCCACCCUCUGCAGCAGCCCUCAUGUCCAACAGGUCCUCCAGGAGGAAGAAGGACACUGUGGAGAGGCAGCCCAGCUGUGUGGACGACACUCGCAUUGAUGCAGGUGACAUUGUGGAGAAGAUCGUGCAGAGUCAGAACUUCUCUGACAGCAGCAACAACGAAGACAGCAACUUAAGACUGUUUGUCAGCAAAGAUGGGACCACGGCCCUCAGUGGGACGCAGCUCGCCAACAGAGGAACACCUGGUAUUUUUGAGCCAGUGGUCAUUGAGACUCACUGAGAGAGCCGUCAACACACCUUCAGCCUCAUCAAAUGCUUAAUGUUUCUGUGACAUGUGAUUGUCUGUGUAUGUGCAAGCAUGUGCAUGUCUUCAGUGCACACAGCUUCAUAUACGACUACUGUCAUAUAGAUAUUGAGCCUCUCUACUAUAUUUAAUCAGGUGGUGGGUGAUGUUUAACUCAUGAUUACAUUAUUUUAUGGACUAGCAGGCAGGGUUGUUUUUAACCUCAGACAAGGAGAUAACCAGCCUUUAUUUUUAGUUUUACUGGUGUUAUACACACAUUUGAAAAUAAUCCAAUCUGCUUCUGUUGGUCAUAUUAAUUUACAGAGUUCCUGUUGUGUAUUGGUUAGAUUCAGCGUGAUCUGGUUUAAACUAAAACACUUCCAGCAGUUUAGAUAGAAUAGUUCUUUCCCUUUCUUGGGAAGCUUUUGUUGUGUACAGCAAAGAAGAAUCAGAAUUAAUUCACCAGUGCAACUAUAGAGCCUGGCAGGCACCAGGAGUGAACAGCUGUUCUCAUGCACAGGAAUGACUCAUUCAUGCUCCUAAACUUUAUGUGCACAAAUUAGCAAUUGAUAUAAAGUCAGUGUAACAGCAGAAACUGAUGUUAUGGGACGUUGUGCCUACGUGGGUCAGUUAGGGGGUAGUACCCAGGGUGUUAGCAUCAUACCAGCAACCAUGUUCUGGUGCGAAAUUGAAUUCCUUCAUUUGUGUCAGUGUUGUCAGGUUAUCUCAUUCAUUUCAUUUGCCUGUGUUCUUCACAUGCUUUGGCAGCUAAUCUGUUCGGUGCAGUCAUAGAUGGAUUACAGAGCUAGCCGACUGGGUGCACACUGGGCCCCUGGGCCCCUGGGCCGGAGCUUCAGUUUGAAGUGACUGUUCUUUCUUGUUGGGAAGUCAGUCAAACAACUAUAAGGAGACAGAAAAUGAUUACACAGAGAUCCACAAAAUGACCUCAAAAUGGUGCAAAAGGACUACAAAGAUGCACAACAACUACAAAGACAUGCAAAAUGACCACAAAGACAGCAACAACCAAAAUACAUCUUUUGGCUCCCAUGUCGGAUAGAUGUGGAGUCUUUAUCGUGUCUGUGCUGAUAUUGUAUUCACUAAAAGUUAGGAGGUCAUGGGAAAUGUAAAUGAUCGAAAUGAGCCACUUGGAUUUAGACAGAUUUUACCCGAUAAACAAUAAUCGUUGAUGUGGGUAAAACCUGUGCUGAAAAGUGAAAUCUAGUUUUACUCAUCCAAGAGCAUGACUUGCCAGGUUGAGAGCAUCAGUUACUAAUUUGUGCACACAAAGUAGUUGUUUCUCUGCUGACACUUUGAAAGUAUUUCUGCUAAAAAAGAGGAACUAUGAGCAAAACAUGACUCUGUUAUACUAAUGACCAUUAUGUUGAUAAUAUCUGCAUGGUACUGAUACCAGCUGUAAUUUAGGUGUUUGAGUCUACUUGAGAAUUUGCAGUAAUCCAGUAAUAUUUUUCUUUACAUUGGAUGUGUCUCAGACCAGUCCCUGAUCCUUUUUAGCAGCAUCAGUGAGCAAGUUUGAUAAAGCUGUGGCAGUUUUGUUUUUUUAAUCUAUUCUAUUAGCUGCAGCUACACUUUCAAAGAGACAGCCCAAAUGCAAACUCAUGCUCAAUGCACAAACAUUAAAACCAAACUCCAGGCGUUCAUGCUGCUGAUGCGAGUCAUUCAGUAAACCUAUUCACAGUACAAAGAUUUGCUGUGUACAUUACUGAACAAAGAAGCAGUCUAAAGCAGUGAAACUUUGACCAGUGCUCUGUGCACAGAUUACUUGAAUAACACUCUGAAACCACUGCAUCGUGGAAAUUGUAGUGCAACACUGAAACAGCAGUGCAUUCAGGAGGGGCUUUUUUAACUCAAAAAACUUUUUGUUUGUAACAAAACACAACAAUACAUACUAGUGGUACAGUCAGUGUUCACUUUAACACACCGCUGGAUGAAUGGAAAGCAGCACAUAAACACAUGUAUUAACCUGUAGGGAGUGAUGAACUGCAUGUUCAGGCUACUCACAGGAGAUUAGGAUUAUGAUUGUUCCACUGACUGGUGACCACAAAUAUGACUUUAUCAGAUGAUUAUUUUGACUUUUGAGUUGCUGAAGACCCACGAAUGCAGCCUAAGUGUCAUCAAAGCCUCCAACAGACACUCUAGGCAGACUAAGUCCAAAUCAGCCUGGAGCUGAAGCAAUAGCUUUUAUCCUUUUGCUUUAUUGUAAAGCUGUUUGAUCACUGUAGGUGUACGUAUUAUACUGUUUUGCACAUGUGAACUCUCUGAGGAUUGUUAGAAACCACUAAAAGGAAAUAAGAUGGCAUUGUUGUAAAAACAACAACAACAACAACAAAAAAACACCGAAACAUGGCAUCCUCUGUUUGUUUUUUUAAAUUAUUUUUUAUUCCUUUAUUCUUUUCUUCAUUUCAUUUCAGUGUCUGAGCUCUUGAUGUAGGGCAACAUGUUAUGUCACAUGACACCACAAAGCCUGCGUUCAUAUGGCUGGCCAUAUGCAACCAUUUAUCCUCUGCACUUAAUAUGUAAUUAUUUUAUCCACGCUUGAGGUUUGAAUGCUCUUGUAAACCCAUCGACAAUGUGAGGUUUUGUGGUGGUGCUUUCACAAUUAUAUAUAUAUUUUUUAACAUACAAAUAAGUUGAACCCAGAAUGCAGGUAUUUUAAAGGCCGGAGAUCCUAAAACCAUUGCCACAUUGCAACAAACUGCACAGAAAAGUUCAUUCAAGCUGCAUUAAUUGACUUAAGCAGGGCAACAACCUGUAAGUACAACAUUGGCAUCAGUGAGCAAAUGCUUGUUCACACAUCCGGAGCAAUAUUAGCAUUUAUUUGGAGUUGUGUUUCUGACCUCCUGAUGAACGGGAGCCCUAUACUGAUACUUUAGAACCUCAGGUUGGGUCUAUCUGAUUCUGUAGCUGCUUAAAAGAUACUGCUAGUUGCUAACUUUCUUUUGCUAUUUGGUGCAGCACAGGUAGUGAACUUUGGGAUUAUUGUUGAUUUUUAGCUGGAAAUUUGGUUAAUACCUGCAGAGUCUUUGAACUAGAAAACCAAAAGAAUGAGGGGAACUGCAGAGCUGUUGAUGAUUCUCAGUGGGUUUGUCACCAAAGGUAACAUUACAUGUUACUGUUUGAUCUAUUUUUCAUUUUUGAUUUUUUUUUUUUUUAAAUAUAGGUGCAGUUUUAAGGUGCAAUAUUUUAAGAUUCAGUUUACUGUUGGAACAUUGGAACCACAGUUAGUGCCUUUUUGGAUCACUAGAUGGAUCACUGCAGGACCAAAUAGUUUCAAGAUUUUUAUUUAAGCCUGUAUUGGCCUGUUCGCUGCUACUUCUGGCUUCACUGUGACUUCACAGUAUUUAUCAGAAAGACUAACUUCAAUCAGAACUCCUGCACUUUGUAGUUUUAGGCAGUUUUUGUUUUGUGCUGCAAUCGCUUAAAUCCCCAUUUUCAAGAUGUAGUUAAAUCGUACAAAUUCUGUCACUUAGCAUUGAGCUAGCAGUGACACUGUGGGCCUGUUGGCUGUAGUGAGGUCAGUGUCACAGCUUCUGCAGCAGCACAAAGCCCUUGUUGUGCCACGACUGACAGUGUACAAUAGAUCCUCGCCCCACGGGAUGCAUUUGUCGUUUGUGUAUGUUAAUGCUAAUACUGUAUGUAUGAAUGUGCCACUACUUGCAUGCGGGCCAUGCAUAUCUGACUGAUGUGAAAGGACGUACUGUAUAUUUGAUAGAUUCUAUCUUUUUAUCUUUACUCUGGUCCAUCAAACUCUGGUUAAUAGCAGGUAAAUAGUGCAUAAGUGCUGCAUUGAUGCAAAUACAGGAGGGUACUGGGGAUAUCUUUUCAAAUGCUGGGAUUCCAGCCUCAGCAGAGUUUUCAGUCGCCGUCCACACUACAAUUUAAAAACUGUUGAUUCUAUGUAUGGUGCAGUGCCAAUACAAAGUUUUCAUCCAAACACUGCCAGUUCUGUGUCUUUAAACAAAUGUGCUGCCUCUUGAAUAGCAGUUCAUAUUUGUUAUUUCAUGUCAUAAAUGUAGUUCUCUGCAGUGUCUGUGAGAGCAGGGGUCAGUCUCCUGUCUGGAAUAUGUGGGGUGAAAAGACAACAUAUACACGUAAAGAAUGUUGCUUAUACAAUACAUGUAACUAUACAAUCUAUUUUCCUGUUUUUUCAGACCAGCAGGCUGGUCUUCAGAUUGGUGCAGAACUAUAUGUAAAAGCUAAUAUUGUGUGGUGAAAUACGACUGAACAGUGAUUAUUCAUAGUGAAGGGUGUGGGUAUUAGGGAAUACAUAUGGUAAAGGGAACUGUCGACUACUGUGAUUUGUUCUAGAAAUACUUAUUCUUUCCUUUGUACUUGACCGUGUGUAAUCUGUGACAUUAUUAACAUCAUUUAUACAACCAAAUGCUUUCGUUGCAUGUGAUGAAAGAUUUAUUACAUUUCUGGAUGAUUAAAAGUUAAACUGAAUUUUUGGGAGUGGGAUUAUACUACAUUUGUAGUUGUGGUACAGUAUUGAUUUACAUUAAGAGGAUGGGUUUGGUAUAAGGAAUAAACUGCAGAAACGAUUUUCUACUAUAUUUUAUAACUUAUUUAAUUCAAGUUGUAUUUAGCAGAAUGGACCAAUAAUUAUCAGCUUUGUAUAAUUGUAAUAUAUGUAUUUAAACUAUUAAAAUGAGCUUUGUUAUGUUUGAUUGACACAA